AUGGAUCCUCGACCGCCGAUGCAGCCUUCUCGCCCGCUAAAGGUGGUCGAGCUGACGGCACAGGCAGAAGACUUUGCAAAUUUUGCCCUCUCUGAAGGCGACAUUGGUCGCGCCUACGUGAUGCUAUACCGCCACUCUCUUCUCGUCCUGAACUACCUACCGAGACACCCCGAGUACAAGACCCCCGAAGGCCGCAAGGCCUGUAGAUCACUUUCGAAGCGCGUUGACAGUGUCCUCGAGGACCUUGAGCAACUGAAACCCGAAAUCAAUAAUGCCUACAAAGAAUGGGAGCGAAUGCGGCCCGCCGAUGAGCCAUCCAAGCCCCAACCACGUCCCGUUACAGAUCGAAGGAGCUACGCCGAGUUUGCCGCCCGAGAUCCCACCCUGAGCGGAAAUGCCAGAAUCCUUGAUGCCUCGGAGCAUCAGGACCUUGCCGUUGACCUCGCUAGGAGGGAGAUCACACGCCGAGACACCGUCCGUCGAGCGACCAAGCAAGCUGGCCUGUCCGAUGAGGAGACUUUGACGAGGCGGAGAGCUGGACGGUGGGAUGAUUGGGACAGAACAAGCACCAUUGCACAGGAUAACGACCUCCAGAGGCAAAUGGAGGCCGCUAGGAGGAACUUGGACUCUCCAGCCCCAGCGAGAGAUAUUCAUCCCGUGGAAUCCAUCUCCCAACCAGUCCCUCAAACGUACAACUACCCUUCCAUCUCCAAGUCGAGGCCAGUAGGAUUCGAAUCUAGCGAGACACCAUUGUCGCCGGUGUACGAGCCACCCCCGACUGCUCAGCCAGCACGACCACCUAAGCAACCCCUACAUAUGGACGAGUAUUCAGCCACCAAACUCGAAGGAUCAACCCCAACAAUUCCCAGCAAGGUUGCUCUAGUUGAUUAUCAACCUCUAAUACCAUCACCUCAAGCAGGGCCGGUGGCGCAACAGCCACCCGCUCGCCCACCGAAAGCAGAAAUACCAGAUGAAACGCCACCCAUCCCUCGAAAAGAGCGCCUCACAUUCAAGCCUGGAGCAUAUCUCGAGAACGGUGACCCGAUUCGAUCCAUUUUCCUGCCCCGAGCACUGCGUCGCGACUUUCUCAAAGUUGCGGCAGACAACACACGUCGUGGCCUCGAGAUGUGCGGAAUUCUUUGUGGCACACCAGUCAAUAAUGCGCUGUUCAUCCGCUGCCUCCUUAUUCCUGACCAGAAAUGCACCUCGGACACGUGCGAGACGGAAAACGAGUCGGCCAUGUUUGAUUAUUGCGACAGUGAAGAUUUGCUCAUGAUCGGAUGGAUUCAUACACACCCCACCCAGACGUGCUUUCUGAGCUCACGAGAUCUUCAUACUCAUGCAGGAUACCAAAUCAUGAUGCCUGAAAGCAUUGCUAUCGUCUGCGCGCCAAAAUACGAGCCUUCGCAUGGCAUCUUCAGGCUAACAAACCCUCCUGGGUUGGAACACAUCCUGCAGUGCAAUCACACCGACACAUUCCACCAGCACUCGGUUGAUAACCUGUAUCGAGUGGCUGAACACCCUCAAGGGCACGUUUACGAGACCGAUAAACUGCCAUUUUACGUACACGAUCUGCGCACAAAGUAG